AUGGGCAUAGCCCAGAGGUUAGAGGAAGCCAAGAGGAAAACAGACACCAAACCUGAAAAGAAGGAGCCAAAGACUGAAGAGACCAAGAAGGCUGAGACCGUUUUGCCCAGCGAAGAAACUCCUAGGGAAGCAGCCACUGAAAAACUAUCAGUCGAAUCACCACAACUGGAUAUUCAGAACUUACCAUCACAGAAGGAGAAGCUUAGAAGCGAGUUCUCCAAGAAGCUUGAACUACACAUGGAGAACCUACAAGAGGCGAUAUUUAGAGCCACCAGGGCACUCAAUGACGUUACAGGGUACCUGGGUAUAGAGAAGUUGAAGAAAUCUGUGGAUCUGUUAGAAGCUGAGCUCAAGAAACAGAAACAAACAGUGAAAGAUUGUAAGGUUAGGUACCUGGAGGCAAUUCAAAAGCGUUCAGAUUCACAAAAAGAAAUCAACGAGCUUUUGACCAGGAAACACAACUGGAGCCCAGUGGAUGUGGAGAGAUUCACGGAACUUUACAGAAACGACCACACAAACCAACAAGAGGAAUCGCAAGCGGAACAGGAGUUGGCCGAUGCGGAGCUGGCAGUUGACUCUGUUCAAAAUAAGCUCACGCAGCUGAUUUUGACGAGGUAUCAUGAGGAGCAAAUCUGGAGUGACAAGAUCAGACAGGCGCUGACGUGGGGAACUUGGAUUAUCAUGGGCGUCAACGUUCUUUUAUUCACAGUUGCUACAUUCCUUGUAGAGCCAUGGAAACGUCGGAGACUUGUCAAUGCAUUUGAUGCUCAGGUUCAACAAAAGAUGGAUCUGUUUGCUAAUGAUAUGAGAGCUCUUGCUGGUGCUCCACCCGUGCAAAAGCAAUUACCAAUAGAAAAUGCAGUUCAAGGAGAAGGGGAACAACACACUAUUGCAUUUUCAGGAAUCUCCUCAUGGGAGCAGUUCAAGAAUUGGCUAAACACGAAUUAUGAGGCGGUCAAAAAUACGAGUUCUACGUUUUCUUUUGGUCACCAAGAUUUUACCAUUUAUUCAGCUAUCAUUCUUGGACUAGGCUCUCUCCUAGGAAGUGCAUUCACUCUCCUUUUUAGAGCAUACAUUAAAUAA